AUAAUGCACUGUUGAAGAAAGUGUUGUGUCGUUGGAUAGCCAAGUUGCGGAAGUGCGCGCUCAGCAGAGGCUGGCAGCUUGAAAUGCAUUUACAUUAGGACCUUGCAGCCUACAGUACAUAUCGACCUGUAACAUGAUUUGUUGUUGGGGAUAUGAUAAUGAAAGAAUAUCUGUUCUACUGAACUGACACCGUUUCGAUUUCAGUAGCCUACCUGCGUUGUCCUGAGCGAGACCAAUCGUUAUUUUCAUGCGUCUGGAUUGGUCGGCUGGCACGUUUACUGAGUUAUGGGCGCAUUACAGUCGUUACCUGAUGAACCCGAAUACAGAGAUCUCUCAGAGAAGACCGGCUUUUCCUUCGAGCAGAUUGGAAUCCUGCACAAAAGAUUCAAGCAGUUGAGCCACAAUGAAGACACGCUGAGACGAGAUGACCUCAACACAAUUCCAGACCUGUCAUGCAAUCCGAUCCGAACCCAAAUUAUAGAGGCCUUCUUUGACAAAAGAAACUUCCAUCAGAAUGGUGAGGGGACUGUCCAGGAGAUCAGCUUUGAGGAGUUCCUGGUGGUCAUGUCCCACUUCAGACCUCCAGCACUGGACAUGACAGAGGAACAGAGAGAGAGCAUCAGGAGGGAAAAACUCCGCUUCCUGUUUAACAUGCAUGACACAGACAAUGAUGGAACAAUCACUCUGGAGGAGUACCGACAUGUAGUGGAGGAGCUGCUGUCUCGGAGUGGAGCCCUGGGGAAGGAAACGGCUAAAGGCAUAGCAGACGCUGCCAUGCUGGAGGUAGCCAGUAUCUCCAUGGGUCACAUGGAACCAGAUGAGUUUUACGAGGGGAUCACUUUUGAACAUUUCCUAAAGAUACUGAAAGAUAUUGAGAUCGAGACAAGAAUGAACAUUCGCUUUUUGAAUAUGGACACGACGAACCUGUGCAAGUGAGGAUCUUCCACCUUUUUUAUUACUAUGCAGCACCAGCACUCUUUUAUGGUAUUUAAUUUAGUGGCCAGUUAGAGCACACUUUAAGCAGUGACGUGUGGUUGGUGUCUGGGUAAGCACUGGCUGUUAUCAAAGCCAGAUUUACUCACAAAUAAACCUUCAUGAAGCCCAAGUUCACCAUGCAACAGAUGGCUCCAACAACCAGAGUGACACAGGCUAUUAACCAAAAUUGACAACAAUGUUCACCAAAUGUGACCAACCGGCUCGAUUUGGUCUUAUGUAUCAAAAAUUGAAAUGGUGUUUUUUACAUUGGAUAAAAGUAGAGACUCAAAGAGGUAGAAAAUGGUAUAUCAUACACUACAGUUGAGGAACAAUGGGAAAGGAAUUCUGCUUAGAAAGUUGAUAAACUUAUAACCCCACUUUUGAGAAAAUGUCCCUUGAAUGUUUUGGUACACCUACUGGAGAGCUCAUCUUUGUCUACACCAAUUCAGAAUCGUUCACACCCUCUUAAGCCUUAGCCCCACCCAUCUCUUUAAGGAUUCACAUGUGAGGCCAUGUGCUAAGCAGAGUGAGUACAGUAGUGUACUAAACAACCAAAGCUUUCAAGACUUAAGGCUGGUUUACACUACGUCUAGCGACAUGUCUGUAGACAGUUGUCGCAGUGACAUCAUGGACAUUCUAUUGUCGUCCGACAUCAAACUUGUCGUUGUUAUGAAAAAGUAUAAACACAAAACUGACAGGCUGUAUGACAUCAGCAGCCUGGUGGUCCAAAAUUGCAUAACUGGUGUAUUUUAACACCAAUAAAUCCAUCCGUUUAAAAAUGUAUUUAGUAUAUGUCAAUCUAGCAAACCAGACAACUAAAACCAACUUUCUAAACAAUGUUGUGGUUCGUUUCUUGCUUGUUAGCCAGCUAUCUAACGUUGAGUUAGCUGGCUAGCCAGUUCAAAUAAUGACCAUAUCAUAUUGCUGACAAUGUCUUUACUUUAACUAAUUUAUAUUCUUUAUUACAGGAAAAUAAACUCACAACAUGAUCAUUAUUUACAAGUUAAUGGUGAGCUAAUUACAGAAAAUAGCUUAAGGUUGUGAGUGUGACAAAAUAAAAGCAGGGCAUUCUACUGGAGAAUUUUAGAACUUGAACACUGUCUCAUUGGCCUAAUGUUAUAUCCUAAUUUGACUUUGGUGCAGGUCAUUUUGUUCUUCACCUUACCGUCUCUGGUAAACACACACUUUAUCAAAUAAAAUCUAAGUUUACUUGUCACAUGCACAGGAUACAGAAGGUGUAAACGGUACAGUGAAAUGAUUACUUGCAUAGUGGAGUUUUUUGUUUAGACAUGUAGCUAGCUAGUUAAACAAUAAACCAUAAUUCCAACUCAUAACGUUACUACCCUGCAUGAAUCUGCUGGUAGCUAAAAACUAGCCAACUGGGUUCAAUAUUAGCUAGCUAACAUUAGGCUAUAACUAGCAAUGCAAAUGGCUCUUAGAUACAAAUAAUAUUACUACACAGAUCAUACAUGUAACGUAAGCUAGCGAGCCAGCCAGCUAACGUUAGCUAGCUAGCUAACAGUACGCUUUACCUUGCAAUGAAAAUUACUUUCUGACAAAAUUAGAAACAGUUCAUUUCUGAAAAUGUAGCUAGCUAGACUCUCUUACCCGUGUACAUGGAUGAACGCUUCUCCCUCUCACGGAUGCCAUAGUUUCUCUUAGUUUGAAGAUGUAAUCCGGAGACUGGUGUUUUAUACAACAGCCUUCUGUGUGUUCUAUUUUUGACUCCCUCCGCAUAUUUGCUAUCAAACGGCAGAAUUUUCUCCAUCUCCUUUGCUAUCAUACUCUGCUUUCACCGGACAUUCCACUGAUUUCAAAACGUGGACCUCCAGAAAGUGGAGCGCAUUAGCAACACUUUUGUAGUUCUUCGUGAUAUCUUUAAAAAAAGCUGCGUUAGAAAGGAUUACCUACACAUACUGAGCAGCUUAUGUCAUAGACAGAAGCGUGCUACAUUGCAGAACAAUCUGAACUUAUCUCUCGCCAUGUCCAGUCCAUCCAUUAUCUCAGCCAAUCCUAGCUAGCGGGAAGGUUCCUGUCUUUUUCCGUGGCUAAACCAACUAAGUUCGUAAUUUAACAAUUGUAUUCGUAUUUACAGAUUGCAUACAAGUUUGUUAUUAAGGCACAUGAAAGUUCUCAUGUCCCAGAAGGCAUUUCUGCCCAAAAACACAUUUUGAAGUAGUGAAUUAGUGACGCACAACAUACGCCUAGUUUCCUGAAAUGAGUCACAAAUGUAAAUACCUAUGUAGCCAAGAUGCGAUUGCGGCAUAUUUCAUAUCAUCUGACAAAAUGAUGCACUGCUCAACUCAGCAAUAGACCAAUCUAGCAUCCACAGUUACAACUGGUAGGUGGCACUAAAAGACCAAUAUAUGGACACAUUUCAUCUGAAUACUCCAUAGCCUUUCACAAUGGAUUUACAAUUCUUCCAAUGCGCUUCUCGCGCAAACACACACACUCAUAAUAAUAUUAUCAUGUGAAAUAUUAUUACACACACACACGAUUAUAAUAAAUAAGGUUCUAACAAAAUGUUCAUAUCAACAAUCGAAAUUACUGAAAAAUGCAUUCAAACGGUCGUGUGGGAUACACAUCACCAAGGCCUCCUUCGGUUCCAUUUUCACACUGACUCAAAAAGUAAUUCCCAUUCCCAUUAUGUCCACAAAGAUAAAGCAAAUGUCCAAGAUGUGUAAAAGUCGGGGUAAAAAGUCUUAAUUGGUAAUGAUGUUUCAGACAAUUGGACAGCCCAGUACUCACUUUUCGCCUGCCUGACAGAUGGCGGUUACCUGUCAUGCCACGUCUUGUAGAGAUCCUGUAUGCUGCCUCUAUAUGGUUUUAACUUUAAUUUUAGUUGACAUUCCACUCUUUGAACACUCUAUUAGUAUGUUACAUUAUUUCAACUUCGAAAAUUGUUUGAGGUGCAGUAUAGUGUCAAUUUGUCAGGUUAUUUUUGCUAGCUAGCUAGCUUUGUUCAGUUCAAGCGGUGCGAGCGUCAAAUUAUGUAGACAUGCCCAAAUAUGCACAGUUUACCCCAGGCAAUACCCACACAACAUGUUUAGGCAAUACGCAUGCGUAAAAUAUGAAAUUGGCUCAGUCACUGUCUAUUAACAGUGACUGGAGUCAGGAACGACUGCAGUGUCAACGAUUUGAAUGGCUAGAAAGGAAGGCAUGAAUACCCUAACGCCUUUCCUGAGGUUUUGCAUAAAAAACACCAGAUUCACUGAGAAAAAACAUGAACAAAAAAGAAUGAAAAUGUUUUAUACAAUUUAGUUUUUUAAUUUGGCUUUUCAUAACAGCUUUUUUUGUUACAUUAUCACAGGGUAAACGGGGCCUACCCUGACUGCACGUCACUGACUAAGUACACUGACAAACUAUUAGAAACCUCUGUUUAUGGUUUGGUUUUGAGUUGCUAUGAGCUUUUGAUCAGGGGAAGGUUUAAGCUUCUACUGUCUAGUAGCUUCUGACACUGUUAUGUUUUUACAAAUGGACUGCAUUGAAAAUAUGAAUGAGUAACUAUGCAAAUAUACACAGAUUAACAGUUGGUAUGUUAUGAAUUUAGCAUGCAGUUUUGAUGACAACCUGUAUCUGUCACAACAUACUUUUUUAUGCAAGAAUAUAAACAAUGCACUAAAUGCUAUCAAUCAAUAAUCAAUUCAAUAGCAAAGCAAUAAAUCAGUAAUAAUAUCGCAAUAAAGCAAUAGCCAAUCAUGUAGUGCUAUUAUUAAAGUGCAUGCAAUUCAUCUCCUAUUAUACUGUAUGGCACUGGGUGGAAUGAGCUAAACAAAUUUGCACAAGGAAAACCAAGAGCAUGUGUCUUCUAUCUAUACCAUCAUGCACACCAUAAUUGUUGUGCUGCCACUGCCAUCAAUUUGGAAUCAAAGGUUAGAUUUCCAUGUGCAUUAACAAGUUACUGACCAAUAGAAACAAAGUACGUAUUGCCGUUGCGAUGUUUAACUGACCAGCCUAGCAUACUGGUACUGGUAUACAGUGUAGCAUACUGCAAAUGUACUUGAGCUAUGGCAACACCCUCCUGAUAUUGAAGAUUGUUCUUUCAAGUGAAUUGUGCAUCCGACUUUUACAAAGAAUGAAACCUUCGCAGACAAGCAUUUGUUGACUGUUAGAAAUGGGAACAAUGUUAUCCCCCCAUAUAUGAAUGUUAGCUACGCAUGUUAGCUGUCUUUGUAUUUGAAAAUCCAUAUAUCCAUAUACUGUAUGUUUGUACUGUAAAAUAAAAUAUUUUCAUUCCUUUUUUGGGAUGUUAUUGUA